CGGAGCCCGGAACUUCUUUUCUGACGUAUCCGGGGGGCCAAAGGUCAUAGAACAUUCGCCUGCCACAUACGCCUCUGUCGCACUUGUUUGUUUUUGUCCAAAAAAAAAGAAACAACCUUCGGAAACAGCAGGCAGAUCUGGGCAAAGACAUGGCGCGUCUGGUGGCUGUCUGCAGAGACGGGGAAGAGGACUAUCUGUUUCUUGCACGUCAGAUUCCCUUGUACAUCGAUGACUCGCUCACGAUGGUGAUGGAGUUUCCUGACAGUAUUCUGGACUUUGACAGCUGUCAGAUGAACAGUUCACAAAUGAAGCAGUUUAUUGAGCAUUACAGCAUGCUAAAGCAGCAGGACCUGAACAUGGCGUUGAUGGUGAUGUCUCGUGAGGUGUUCAGCGCUCUGUCUCAGUCUGUGCCGUGCGUGGGCUGCCGGCGCAGCGUGGAGCAUCUGUUCUCUCAGCUCACGGACUCUGGAUACUUCGCACUUGAACCGCUCACUGUGGGAUCCUCUGGAGUGCUGUCAGUCACACGGGUGUGUCUCACAGACCCCAGGAAGCUCUACACGCUCUUUUAUGUUCAUGGGUCAAAGUUAAACAACGUAAUUGAUUCCAUUCCCAAGAGUAAAAAGAAUAAACGCUGUCAGCUGCACUCUUUAGACACGCACAAACCGAAGCCUUUAGGGGGCAGCUGGAUGGACGUGUGGGAGCUGAUGUCACAGGAGUGUCGUGAUGAAGUGGUUUUGAUUGACAGCACCUCUCUGCUGGAGACUCUGGAGACGUACCUGCGCAAACACCGGUUCUGUACGGACUGUAAGAACAAGGUUCUGAGAGCGUAUAACAUCCUGGUAGGAGAUCUGGACUGCAGUAAAGAGAAGGGCUACUGUGCUGCUCUGUAUGAGGGGUUACGCUGCUGCCCCCAUGAGCACCACAUUCACGUCUGCUGUGAGACUGAUUUCAUCGCACACUUACUGGGCCGAGCAGAACCAGAGUUCGCUGGGGGUUAUGAGCGUCGAGAGAGACACGCGAAGACCAUAGAUAUCGCACAGGAGGAGGUGCUGACGUGUCUAGGAAUUCAUCUGUACGAGCGGCUGCACAGAAUCUGGCAGAAGCUGCGAGCAGAAGAGCAGACGUGGCAGAUGCUCUUCUAUCUGGGCAUUGAUGCACUCCGCAAAAGCUUCGAGAUGGCGGUGGAGAGGGUUCAGGGCAUCAGCCGGCUGGAGCAGCUCUGUGAGGAGCUCUCAGAAGAGGAGCGAGCCAAAGAACUCAAACAGGAGAAAAAGAGGCAAAAACGCAAGAACAGACGCAAAAACAAGUGUGGCUUCGAACAAGAGGCGGAGGGGGAAAAAGACAAAAGUCUUGAUGAGGGUUCGUCUGAGUCUGUGGACGGCGGCUGUAAGUCGUGUGGCAGUGGAGAGGAGUCAGUCGGCAGUGUGGAGGUCAUCAUCACCAGCGUGAGUUCAUCCUGCACCUGCUCCGCCGCCUCCAUCCUGCAUUCCCCCAAAACCAAGAAAGCACUCUUGCCUCACAGUAACGGCAGUGACUGUGGUUACUGUUCCAGUAUGGAGGGCAGCGAGACGGGAUCCAGAGAGGGCUCAGACGUGGCCUGCACCGAGGGCAUGUGCAACCAUGAUGAAACAGGUGAAUACUCAUGUAGUCACCGCUGCUCAGAGGAGAAGGAAGAGGAUGCUGUGGACAGCUGUGUGGAGUGCUGGGCAAACUCAGAAGACAACACAAAGGGCAAAAAUAAAAAGAAGAAAAGAAAAAACAAGGCGUCACUUUGCAGGAGCGAGCAUGGAUCUAAAGCAGAGGAGAGCUGUGUGUCUGACGGCAGUAGGAGAGGAUCUGGAUCUCCUGCCGUUCACAAGUCUCCCUCCCCUUCACCGCACCCCUGCAGAAGCAAAGAAACUCCAUGCUGUGAAUCCUAUGAGAGCUUCAGCCAUCAUGUGAGCAGCAGCAGACACUUCCACAGUCAGCCUGUCUUACCGGACACCUGCGCCAAGAGCCUCAUGGAGUUACUGAAUGAAUCUGAAGUGACCUCAGAUGAAGAGAACUGUCUGACGCAGAACGAGAUCCAGUCGUUCGUAGAGAACAACAAAUCAUUCUACCGCACACGAGACAAGUACAGACAGCACCUUAAAGAUCGCUUCACCAAAUACUGCCGCGGAGAGUGGCUCCAGGCCACCAGCGUCAACUAGACUCACCGCCGCACACUAACUCACAC